UUUCGCCGGUACAAGUGUUGGUACAGAGGUUGACUCGAGCCAAGCAGCGCGCGCGCUCUGGAAAGCUUUUAGGGUGUUUACUGAAACAAGGGCAGGAAAAAAAGCUGUUUUUUUCUUUUUUUUCAUCUCGAGUACCGGGACGAAGUGAAUGUCGCUCCUGCGCUCUGGGUGAUAAUGGGAUCAUUUUCCUUCGAAGACAUCGAGCCAUCAGAUGUCUCCAGUGUUGGAUUCCACUGUUUUGGAAUGUGUUUGAUACGCAUUAACCUUGCUUUUCGACAUCUCUUCCUCUUGGCUUGGCUUCACAUUAUAUCUGCCAAUGGAAUAUGUGGAAAUGUUACCAUUUGAUUCCGCGACCUGUUCAGUAAUCAAAAAGCUUGAAUGAUGGAAAUCUUUUGAGAUGAUAAAAAGCACUUUUGGGGAUCAUUUUUUUGCUUGUGCGCGGCUCGUGCCUGAUCGCGCGCCUCAGCAGCCUGUUGUCUGUGUCCGUGGAGAAACGCACAACUUUGCCGCGAGCUGGAGCCGGAGUUGGGGCUGCAGCGGCGGGUCUGAGCGCCGCACGAGGGCCACACGCAGGGGGCCAGGAGGGGGACCAACGGAGCGGCCCCGGUGUUCCGCCAUUCUGUGGUUGGACGGGGAAUCCGGUGCAGCUGUGGAGCGCGGAUGAUGAAGACGGUGAUGAUGAUGAUAACGAAUGGCCCGGCAGCUCGAGCAGGCACCGGGGUCUUAUGUUUACUGCUGUGCGCUCUAGUCUUUCUCCCGCCGUGCGCUCACUCUCACCCUCAGCCGUGCCAGGUGCUGAAACGGAUCGGCCACACGGUUCGGGUCGGGGCUCUGCACGUUCAGCCUCGCUUGCUCUCCACCUCCACCGGCAGCGGUUCUGAGGACUGGGACAACGAUCGAGGUUUUAUUGGGAGCGGGGAGCGGAUGGAGUUGGAAAAGCAGGUUAAAACAAGUGCCGGCGCGCCUGGAUACGGAAGCCUCAGGACCAGAGGCACCGUUAACAACCAGCGGGGAGCCAGCAGGAGUAAGAGCCAGGCACGGCAGCGGGAGGAGAACACCUCGAGGGAGAACCGCGUGUUCGCACCCCGAGACUCGGUCCUGCUCGCGGUCGAGGCUCUCAACCGGGUCGGGCUGCUGCCAUACAAUUUAUCCUUGGAGCUUGUCAUGGCCGUUGGGUCCGGACUCGGGGAGCUGCCCGCGUUCUCCACCUCAUCUGCGGGCAGCCCCGAGAGCGAAGACCCGCUGUCCUUCGUGGAGAGCGUGUGUCACACCGUGGUGGUGCAGGGGGUUUCCGCCAUGAUCUCCUUUCCACGGAACCGGGACGAGUUCGUCAAAUUGGAGUUCCUCUCGCUUGCGCUUCAGGUGCCAGUAGUCAGCGUUGUGCAGAGGGAGUUUACGCGCAACAGUGAGAAUCCUCUCCAUUUCCAACUGGCGAUGCGGACCGUGGAGGCCCCACCAUCCCGGCUCCUCUCUACCCUGCUAAUGAUGAACGGCUGGUGGGAUAUCAGUAUUUUGCUCUGUCAGGAUUGGGACAUUAGCGACUUCCUCCUCCUCAUCAACAACAGCACUCGCUUCCACUUGGGCGCUCUUGUCAAUCUGACAACUACCGCUUCAACCUUGUCAUCGGUCUCAUCUUCAUCAGGAGUGGCAUCAGAUGUGGCUACAGGAGCUGAGGCGUCUUCAUCAUCUUUGCCUUAUUUCUCCCCUGCUGCCUCAUCCUCUGCUUCUUCGUCCACUUCCUCCUCCAAAUUAGACCAGCAACAAGCUCUCAUGCGGCAGCUGGAGGCCUUGAGAGAACCUUCAUCCACAAAGAGUGUGGUGACAUUUGGGUGUGAGAUCCGCGAAGUGCGGCGUCUGUGGACGCUGGCCAGUCGGAUGACGCUCCCAGAGUUUCACUGGGUGUUGGGGGACAGCCAAAAUGUGGCCGAGCUGAGAACAGAAGGGCUGCCACUGGGGCUACUGGCACAUGGGGUCAUGGAGGCCCCUUCUCUGGAUCACUUCGUACACGACUCAUUGGAGCUAAUCGCGCGGGCUGUGGGCAGUGCAGCCAAAGAGAAUCCUGCUCUAGCACUCAUACCUGGGACUACUAACUGUAUGGAUAUACAAAAGAGCAACAGCAGCUCAGGGGAGUACUUGUCAAGAUUUCUAUCCAACACAUCUUUUGAGGGCCAGACCGGUUUAAUAUCCAUAGACACUCACAGCCAGAAUGUCAUCUCAGAGGCCCAUCACUACAUCUGGUCCCUCCAGCUGGACCCUCUAGGCCAGCCAACCUGGACCCGACUGGGACGCUGGCGCAGGGGGAAAGUUCUGAUGGACCGGCGAACUUGGCCAAGCCAUCAGGGAUUUGGGGCCGGAGGAGACUGGCGCCGAUCGGCACGGCUGCACAUGCGGGUCGUGACGCUGGUGGAGAACCCGUUUGUAUUUACCCGAGAGGUGGACGGGGACGGGAUGUGUCCCGCGGGCCAGUUGUGCCUCGACCCGCUCACCAAUGAAUCUUCGCUUUUGAAAGGAUUUUUCCAGAACCUUGCGGGCCGUAACGGGUCUGUUUCCACGGACCUGAAGAAGUGUUGUUACGGUUACUGCAUAGAUCUGCUGGAGAAGCUGGCAGAGGACAUGGGCUUCACUUUCGACCUCUAUAUUGUAGGCGACGGGAAGUAUGGGGGGUUCAAGAAUGGUCGCUGGACCGGAUUGGUGGGGGAUCUGCUCAGUGGCGCAGCCCACCUGGCAGUGACAUCUUUUAGCAUUAAUUCGGCCAGAAGUCAAGUCAUUGACUUCACCUCGCCCUUCUUCUCCACCAGCCUGGGAAUUCUGGUUCGUUCUCGCGACACAGCUGCACCCAUCGGUGCCUUCAUGUGGCCUCUCCACUGGUCCAUGUGGCUCGGCAUCUUUGUCUCCCUCCACGUCACCGCUGUCUUCCUCACCCUGUACGAGUGGACCAGCCCGUUUGGUAUGACGCCCCGUGGACGCAACCGCGACCGGGUGUUCUCCUUCUCCUCAGCGCUCAACGUGUGCUACGCCAUUCUCUUCGGGAGAACGGUGGCCAUCAAGCCGCCGAAGUGCUGGACGGGCCGCCUGCUGAUGAACCUCUGGGCCAUCUUCUGUCUGUUCUGUCUGUCCACCUACACUGCUAAUCUAGCUGCCGUCAUGGUCGGGGAGAAGACCUACGAACAACUGUCAGGGAUACAUGACCCAAAGUUACACCAUCCCUCUCAGGGGUUCCGAUUUGCCACAGUGAGAGAAAGCAGCGCAGAGGACUACCUCAAGAAGAGUUUCCCUGAGAUGCACGAGUACAUGAGGCGAUACAACGUCCCGGCAACCCCAGAUGGCAUACAUCAGCUCAAGAAUGACCCUCAGAGACUGGAUGCAUUCAUCAUGGACAAAGCUCUGCUGGACUACGAGGUCUCCAUAGACGCAGACUGUAAAACUCUAACAGUGGGGAAACCCUUCGCUAUAGAAGGCUAUGGCAUUGGCCUCCCUCAGGACUCUCCACUCACCUCCAACAUCUCAGAGCUUGUCAGUCAGUACAAGUCGGAUGGCUUCAUGGACAUGCUCCAUGACAAAUGGUACAAGGUUGUGCCCUGCGGGAAGCGCAGCUUUGCUGUGACUCAGACGCUGCAGAUGGGCAUAAAGCAUUUCUCCGGCCUGUUUGUGAUGCUCUGUGUGGGUGUGGCCUUAUCCCUCCUGACCACAGUAGCGGAACUCAUCGUGUACAAGCUGGUGAUCCCGAGGGUCAAGGAGCCACGCUUCAAAUACUGGCUGCACACAAGUCAGAGAUUACACCGGGCCCUCAACUCAGUCUUCACUGAUGACAAACUGCCGACGGUUACCAAGCCUGAGAAGAGGUGCAAUGAGGGAAACAACCAGUCAGCAUCUUGGAAUCCUGCAGAGUCCUCUCACUGCAACAGGCGUAGGGUCCUUCCACAAGAGAUGCAGAAUGACCUGGAGCACCAAUCCUCCCAGGAGCUUCCUUCACCGCCAUCCCCAUCUUCCCUGCCUUGUCCCCACUCUCUUCCCCUAUUGGAGAAACACCCGCCCAUAGUGACGAACUCUAACGGUCGUUCUGACCUGUUAGGACGGGGGUUGGGCCAAGUACUGGGGCCAGGGCAGGGGGGCUUCGGGCAGGGCCUCGCGCGCUUAGGGGUGGGCGACUGCGGCCCCGGCCUGGGUGUGGGCCGGAACCCGAUGGUUCAGGAGCUGUCAGAACUGGAGGGAAAAAUCCUCGUAAUCAAGCAGCAGUUGCAGUCAGCCAUGAGGAGGAAGCGAGAGCUAGAACAGUACCAAUCAGAAAACCAGCAAGCAAACCAGACUGCAUCCAGUCAGCCCACUACGCACCAGUCUAACCAGUUUGUUCAGUACACCCAGUCCCACCAGCAGACUAACCAACACACAAACACGCUCCCAGAGUUCUGAAGCGUUUCUCCUUUGUUCUGCCCAGAGAACCCUGGCUAUACACGGGACUUGUUUCCACAACCUCCAGUAUAGGUUAAGGAAAAUAAUGAGUUUUGGAGUUGGAACCUUCACGGAUUUCUUGGAGUUGAAUCCUCCGCUAUAGGCUCAGGAGUUCCCCCUGAACACUGGACUGAAACUUUCUCCAGGGAUCCGAUCCUGCUCUGUAACUCCAGUAGAACAUUUCCUGACUUCUGGGAAUGUGAGAUUGCCUUCGAUGAGAGGCAGUGGACAAAGGUGAACCAGGGACCCUGAACCAAAUCUGUUCUCACUAGCUUGUUGCUGUCACUGAGGCGCUGUGCAAACCUUCCUCUUCUUAACCUCCCUUCCCCCAUUUUCUUCACCUCAUUGAUCCCUUCAUUUUUUUUCCCAUUAACAUCCAUUCCUCCUCCCCUUCCUCUUGCCCCUCUCUUCCCAUUCCCUCUAUGCCUCGUCUCCUCAAUGGUACAGAUUUGCUUGCCAUGAUGAUAAACUUGAGCAUAGAUAUGAAGACUGGUACUGAAGAUUAAUGGGCGAAUUCACCUGAGUCAUAUGUUGAGACUCAUUGAGAGUAUAAAUGACCUGAAGUUGAACCCAUCCAUAAAUCUUUAAGUUAAGUCAUUAUGGCCUUGUGCUGAAACCUUGUAUCUUUGAGGGGGGAAAGAAAAUAAAUACACCUGCUUGUGAUUGGUUGAUUUUACCGCGGAUGGCCUAAAGUUUCUGGCCUUUGACAAUGCAUUUGAUGUGGCUUAGGUCAUGUUUUUCUUGUGUGUCUUUUUAAGGGUUUGUGGUGCAGUUGUUAAGCGUAAAAUCAGAAAAAAAAGAUAUAAAGCUUCAGCAAAACACCACUAUGUUCUUCAAGAAAUCUGGUAGGCAUCUUGUGGUGGAUCAAGAUCUUAUUUUAGGGAUCACUGUAUAAUGUUGCCCUGCACUUCACCGAUGCACUUCUAGUAGAAAGCUGCACCUACGAGUCAUCGGUUAACUUGUCAUAGUUUGACUUGUGGUCAAACUAUGUGUUUUUCGUCUUCAUAAUAGAUUCACAGGAAAAAAAAAAGAAACUGGAUGUGAAAUAAUAAUAUGGUAAUAAAUCCAAGAGUCUUCAGCCUUUUCAGUCAGGGACCCACAACAGGAGCUUUAUACAACAGCCUCCUGAAUUCAAACCGCUCUUCUUGCAAUCUCUUGACACAACAAACACAAAACUACCAUUCAGUUCUUGGUACAAGGCCAUGUUUGAAUAGUACAUGUAAACAUGAAUAGACCACUUGUCAAACUCUGACAUCUUAUUUGAAUAUGAUGAUCAUUCACAACUGAACACACUGAAACAGUCCCUCUGUGACAAGACAUGUUUUCUUGUAUAUUUUCUUUGCGUUUGGAUGUGUUCUGUUAUUAAAAACGUACCUCUCCUCUUUGCACUUAAUCUAAUUGAAACAUUUUUGUCUAACUACCUUACACAUCAUUAUGUAAUUUCCAAUACAUAUUAGAAAGCAGAACGUAUGUUAGGAAGUCUUUCAGCCUUGUGCAUAUUUACAUUUAAGUUGACUUCUUAAUAGAUACGCCUCCAUAACCUAGAAACUGUUUCAAUGCACUAUUAAACUCAAGAACUUAAGGGUUGUGCUUUCACAUAUAAGUAAAUAGUGUACAGAACAAUGGCUGCCAUCCAGGGCAAAUCAAUCCAUCCGUUUAUUGAGGAUUUAUUUGCAUAAAUAUUUAUGUAUAUUCCUGUUUCCAAGUUGGCCAUUGAGAUUCACCUGCAGUUGCUCAUUUCCUCCCAUCUAAAUUGUUUCCAUUAUGGUUUAAAAAACACCCUGCAGUUAUAAACAUAACCCACCCACUGGGAGCUUUGCUUCCCGCCUCGAAACGAUAUUUGGUUGUUGCACUAUUCUCCACUCAUAUUGCUAGGGGACAGCAAUUUGGGCAGGAAGGCAUACUCAGAAUAGCCAAGGAUGACAUUUUAAAAACACACGGCAUGGUCAAAUACUGCCACACACACACACACACACACAAACACACACACACAGCUGCUAUCUAUUUAGCCAGUGUGUCUGCAGGGUAAGCGCAGGCUGUCACAGCUGAAAUGAAUACCUGACAGAGCAAAAGAGCAAGUGCAGUGGCUGAGCCGUCAGCUUCCUUUGUGUCU